AUGGUGUGGGGUAGACAGAUGUACAAUUUGUUAUUUCAGAGAACAUCAGCCUUUGUGUUGACAGAGAUUGUCAGUGCUGUUUUUCUUCAACAAGUCUUUCUCCAGGCAGUGAAUGCUCUGUUUGACCAACUGUAUCAUGGAAAACUCUGGAAGCACAUUAGACACAGUCAUGAGAAAAAGGAUGAAUAA